CUCCCCCUCCCCCCCCCCUCUCACCCUCUCAAUGGCUUCAUCUUCCAUUCUACUCAUCUUCUCCUCCUUCCUUUUCCUCCCACUCCUCCUCAUCACCCUCCUCUUUCUUCUCCACCGCAGGAACCUCUCCCCCCACCUCCCACCAGGCACCACCGGCCUUCCUAUCCUCGGCGAGACCCUUCGCAUGAUCACCGCCUACCGUUCCGGCCACCCCGAACCCUUCGUCGACGACCGCGUUCGCCUUCACGGAGGCCGCCUCUUCACCACUCAUCUAUUCGGCGAGCUCACCGUCUUCUCCGCCGACCCUGAAUUCAACCGCCUCCUUCUCGCCGGCGAAGGACGCACCUUUGAAUCCAGCUAUCCUUCCUGCAUCUCCACUCUCCUCGGCCGCCGCUCUCUUUUGCUCAUGAAAGGCGCCCUUCACAAGCGCAUGCAUUCUCUCAUUCUCACCCGCUUCGCUUCACCCCAAGUCAUUCGCUCCUCUCUUCUCCCCAGCAUCGAUCAACUGAUUCGGCUUAAUCUCCGGUCAUGGGGCGGCGGUGUUUGGUUGCUUGAUCAGGCAAAGAAGGUGUCUUUCGAGAUGACGGUGGAGCAGACCAUGAGUGAGGGGCCGGGAGAGUGGACGGAGUAUCUCCGUCGACAUUAUAAUGCUCUUAUUGAUGGAUUCUUUUCUGUUCCUCUGUUCCCUUUCCUCCGCUUCACUACCAACGGAGAUAAAUGUCUCAUCUUUACACAAAAUUUUGCGCGGAAGAAGGUAGCUGAGGCGCUGAUGGAGCUGGUGAAGCGGAGGAAAGCGGAGAAGAUGAGGGAAACAGAAACAGAGGAUGAGGAGGUGAGCAGGAAGAAGGAUAUGGUGGACGAGCUGCUUGAGGCUGAUGAGGGUUUUACAGAGGAGGAGAUGGUGGAUUUCUUGCUUGCGUUGCUGGUGGCUGGACAUGAGACGACGCCGGUCUUGAUGACUCUCGCUGUCAAGUUUCUUACAGAUAACCCCUCCGCUCUUGCUCUCGUCAAGGAAGAGCAAGAGGAGAUCCGAGGGAGGAAGAAAGAUGAGCUUGAGGCUUUGGAUUGGAGCGAUUACAAGGCGAUGUCUUUUACACAGUGCGUCGUAAAUGAGACGCUGCGCGUCGCCAAUAUCAUUAGCGGCGUUUUCCGGCGAACCGUUGCUGAUGUUAAUUACAAAGGUUACAUAAUUCCAAAGGGAUGUAAGGUGUUUGCUUCUUUCCGAGCAGUGCACCUCGAUGAAAACUACUUCCAUGAUGCUCGUACCUUCAAUCCCUGGAGAUGGCUGUCACAGUGUGGCGAACCCCCAACCUUUGCCCCCUUUGGCGGUGGCCAGCGGCUAUGUCCCGGUUACGAGCUCGGACGUGUCGAGGUCUCUGUUUUUCUCCACUACCUCGUCACCUGCUUCAGCUGGGAAGUUGCAGAGAAGGAUAAGCUGGUAUUCUUCCCCACCACAAGAAUGCUAAAAGGGUACCCCAUCCAUGUGCAGUGCCAUGGAUCUCUUUGAUAUGAUGAUGAUGAUGAUGAUAACAUGCGUAGCAUUAAGCUUAUAGCUUAUUAUAUAUAAUUCGUUAAAAUAUGCUUAUAGUAAUGACCAUGAAUGUGGUUUAGAGACUGGAAGAGGUUUGUGGGUGAGAGAUUUCUUUGUUGUACCGUGUAGAGUUAAAAGUAUUCAGUUUUAAUGGUAUACUUUUGAUUUCCUCA